AUAAAGUUUACUUUUGUUAUAAUCCCAAAGGCCUACAGGCAGAAGGAACAAUCAGAGGAAGAACAUGUUAUAAAACAUGUAGAUAAAGUACUGGGGGAGGAGGGGGGGAGAGAGAGGUGGCCUCUUCUGGCGUGCCAGAGUGGGUGAAAUGUAGACUUAAAAUGCUGAUGAAUGACAACUCCUAGUGUUCAUUAACACUGGUUGUCCUAGCUAGGGCUGCUGGGAAUUGUAGUCCAAGAACAUGUAGAGUUCUGGACUUUUUCACUACUUGUAUCAUAUACGAGGGCUAUCCAGAAAAUCUGUUACGUUUUGGAAUUAAAAAUUAACUAAGUAUAGGAUAAAAUAUUUAUUAUAUGCAGUUAAAAGCCAUACUGCAAUAGUACCUUUAAACACAGUCCUCAUUCAAAAUUAGGCCCUUUUCAGAAUUAUUAAUGAGUUUACAAACUUCCUACCCUCUGCAUUUUCCCGCCAUGUAAUGAAAGUCAGCCAGCUGAAGAAUGACUGCAGGAGGGAGGAGCAAGCAAAACACCCGCUCUCUCUUCUUUCGCAAGCUCUGGAAAGCAGCCGGGAGGAGAGCGGCGUAGCCUCUGUUGAAAAGCAGACCCAAAGCCCUGGCUGACUCUGGCUGCUUCUCAUUGGAAGGAGAGGUAAGCCCGUGUGUGGAGGAGAGCGGCGUAGCCUCCGUUGAAAAGCAGCCCCGAAGCCCUGGCUGACUCUGGCUGCUUCUCAUUGGAAGGAGAGGUGACGAGGUUUUGGUCAAGGAUUGGAAGAUUGAGCCAUUGGGACCCAAGUGGCGAGGACCCUAUGUUGUGCUCCUGUCUACCCCCACUGCAGUGAAGGUGAAGGAGAUUAAGCCGUGGAUACAUUACACCCGUGUAAAACUAGCGCCUGAGGAGUGGCAGACGGAGCGAGUUCCUGGUGAGGACCUGAGACUCAGGAUCAUCCGGCAACUCCCUGAGGGGUCAACAAGGCCAUGAAGCUGAUCCCUUCGGGUGCAACGGAGCGUCGGUGGUCAAGUAUGUCGCAGCAUGGCCCAACAAAGGCGCUCUCUGGGAGAUGGUGGCUAGACAUUUUGAGAGGAAAAAGUGGGAGACAAGUUAUGAGGAGGGGAGGAAAGCGUACUGUGUUUGGUAUAUUAUUUGUGCUGAGUUUUAUUCUCUCUUUUGGAAAAAGAGCACAUGGGAAUUGGAUAAAAGAACAUGCCAAUUAUAUGUUUGAGCAGCACGGGAAAGAGGUAGCAUUAAUAUAUGAACACCCCCUCACCAUAGGAGAUUUUUCAUUUCUUCCCGAUUUAAUUGAUGAACCACAGAUUGUGUUGGAGGGAUUGUCCAAGGCUCAGGAGGGUCCACCUACCGUGUUUUCUAGCAUACCGCAAAAAAUAAAUCAAACUCGGUUUCGACGGCUUAGAUACCAUACCUCCACCAGGGGUUUGUGCUUCUGUUGUGGAGGAUCGGGAAUAUGGAAUUCUGAGUGGAGACACUGGGGAACUAGGCAGGCGUUCUUUUCCCGAUUAGGCAAUUACUCCCAUUGUCGAGACCGGUUCUAUCUACAUGGACGAUUUAAUACAUCUUAUGUCUCACUAUUAAAUCUAACCGCAACCGAGUGGGCUAGCAUGUAUCCAGAUUAUCCUACAUUUAGUGUGAAUGAUUCUAUUGAGGGCCUAAAAUCUUAUAUGAACAUACUGCAACAAUUAACCCAACUGAGCCUAGGUCAAAGCCUCUGUCCGUUAUGGCAAAUUAGGGAUCCAAAUCUAUGGUUUUUCUUUGAUAAAUGGGCCACAAAUUAUCACCCCGGCAACUACCAGUGUGUCGGUGUGGGUUAUUUGACAUUCCCAGUUCGGGUCUUACACAAAAGGCAUCAGCGCCUGAAAUGGGACAUUGUGCAAACAGGCCCUCUAGGACCAGAAUGUUCGGAUGAGGUCAUAAUUAACAAGGCCCUGUCAGGUUCAGAAGCCUCCCGUGUAGCUACAAUCCCUACCCAGGGAUUGUAGCUCAAGCAAAUCGUAGAAGUGUUCUAGGCCUGACUUGCCGUCUUGAAAAGUCCAUAAAUGCCACUGGUAAAAUUUUCCGGGAAAUCCAGUCUGAAGUAGAAGAAAUCAGCCAGAUGGCCCUACAGCAUAAGCUGGCCCUUGACUACCUACUGGCGGCCAGGGGGGGUUUAUGCGCCAUGGUUAGAGGGCGUUGUGUGGUGAAAUUUCAUAACUUGAAUAGUACUAUUGAAGAUGACAUCGAGUCAUUGCAAAAGUUAAUUUACAAUAAUGUCCAGGAGGUAGAAGGUUGGUCUCCCUUCUCCUGGGUGACUAGCUGGUUACCCUCAGUAGAAUGGUUGAAGGACAUAUUGUUGGUAGGGAUUUUAGGAUUGUUCAUUGUUCUCAUAGUUAUGUGCUGCACUCCAAUAAUGAUGCAAAUGUGUACUAGGUGUGUCACACAAUCUUUACCUGGAGAAAAGAUAGCCAUACUCCAAGCCAAGCGGGAUUGGAUGGAACCAUAAUGCUUUGCUUCAGCUUUUGUACACGCGCUUCGCAAAAAGAAAAUGGGGGAGUGAGGCGGGAGGUUAAAGAACCCCAGGAAAUGCCAUAUAUGGGCAGAGAUGGCGACGGCUAGCGACCCGGGUGCAUAAACUCACAGAAACAUGUGGUUUCUGGGAAAUCACAUGUUUCUGAAGAAAUGAAAGCUAAAGAUAAACAAACUGCGUGUGCGCACGCAGGCGCUCUGAAUGAUUGUGAACACGGCACAGAAAGAGUGCGCCCGGGCCGCUGGUCAGCGCUGAUUGGAUGCAAGUCAAGCAGCGUCACAACUCUAAGCCAAUGAAUUUGCUUGUGGGCGGGCAUAACCCGAACCCUGUAAUGUGUAUAAAUAUUUACUCAGCCCGCCGCUGGGGGUUCUCCCUGGGAAAGCACCUAUAUUGUGCGAGGGCCAGACAGGAGGAAACACAGAGAAGCAAGUCUGGCAAGGGAGGGAGGGGGAACACUUGCCAAUAAACUGUUUUCUUGGAAAUACUCCAGUUGUCCGUCUCCAAUCCCUCCCACUGCGCUCGCAAGGACCGUAGCACAAAGGUUCCGCAACAGGACCAUGCCUGCUAUAUAUGAAUAGUAAUCCUAAUCUCAUUCAUAUUAUUAUGGGAGGAUCAGGAUGUCCUGGUUUGAGAGUCUUUGGAAUUAGCAGCGAACUACAACUCCCAGUGCUGGGCACGCUGCUUACUGGCUCCUGGGUGAGCAGCAGGGGCCUCUUCUCCUCCUCUGUCUCCACCUCCUGUUUUGGCUGCCGUUGCAUGACGCCUCCAGCCAGCCUCUGGGCCCUGCACCACGACCCCCGUGCUUUUCUGCCGUCCAAAGCCCUAGUGGGCAGGGAUCUCUCUGCCCAUGGUCCCUGUUGGGAAGGCGGCACACCGCAGGCGAGCCCCAUAGCCUUCCCUCAGCAGGGAGAAGGCCCGCAGCCAAUGGGAAGAGCGGGUCCGAGGCGCUGCCCGUCAGAGCGUGCCUGGCAAGGAAGUGAGGUGAAACUCAAGCAAAGCCAGCAGUUGUUCUUUCCUCCAGGUUCUUCCGUUUCCCCUCCCUCCGCCCAGGAGCCCGCCUGCUCUUGUCUGUUUCCCCCCCCCUCGCCGGACUUGCUUUUCUGUGUUUCCUCCUCUCUGGAGCCAUGAAGGCCACGGAGGGAAGGACAGGAAGUGAAAGGGAAGGUAGGGCUUUUGUGUUCCCCCUCCCUCCCUUGCCAGACUUGCUUCUCUGUGUUUCCUCCUGUCUGGAGCCAUGGAGGCAAGGACAGUAAUGGUUUUAAUGGCUCCCUUGGGGUUCAGGCAGUGUUGCAUCAGCCUUGGAGUUUCUCGGGGGGGAGGGGGGCUACUUGGAUCAUGCACACAUGGAGUUUUCCUGUUUUUGGGGAUUUUGAGGGACUUGCAGUUUGUUUGUUUGUUUGUUUUUUCAUUUUGCUGUCGAAACACAGCGGGGAGGACCAUGUCUUUUGUUGCCAAGUUUCGUGGUUUUGGGUUGUGUAGUUUUUGCUGUUUUAAUUAAAGUAGAAAUGGUCAGAAGCUUUAUAUAUAUAUAGAUUGCUGGGAUCACAUAAACAUUUUUGGUUGCAAAAAAGGAUUGGAAGUGAAAAAGUUUCAGAAGCAUUGAUAUAAAGAGUCUUAGAGAUCUAUGAAAGAGAUCUAUGAAUAGUUACAUUGCAAAAGUUACAUUCGCAAAUGUAAAAGUCCAUGUUUAUUUCAUUUAUGAUACAACUAUGCAUGUCUGUGUAUCAUUUAAGCAUUUGCACUUUUAUAGAAGAAUGCUAUAGAAGAAUGGCUGUCUACAGCAAAACAUUUUAUACUCAUUGACCAGUUGGCUCACUGACUUAAACUGUUAUAUUCAUUGUCAGCCCCUUCUCCCUUUCAUCUGUCUUCUAUUUAUGCAGCAGGUUUUAGUGUCAGACUUGAAAAACAACUAAAUGUAGAUUAGAAAUGAGUUGAUUCAACCAUUUUGUUUUGCAAUAAUUAUCUUGUGCUUACUCUAUCUGGCACUGUAUUAAUCUCCAAUUCCAGUUUAAUUAGAAAAUAUUUCUGGAACUUGAGGCAGGUCUUGGCUGUCACAAUUCUCUCUGCUCAUCUGUUUGUAUUAAUAAACUUGUUUUUUAAAAAAUAAAUUUUGAUGCAUUUCUA